UCGUGCUAUUCUCCCUCCGCCUCCUUCUGGCUCGUAUGCCUGCGCAGGAGCUCUAGGAAAAAAAAAGUCCCCGAAGGACUCGGGAGAUCCUUGUUCGAGUCACAGAGGCAAAGAGAGCUGUAAGUGUCAGCAGGACUCGAGCAUGCUACAAGGAGCUCAGUAAAUGGCGGCUUGCACACAGCGACUUCCCCACGGGGUACUACUCUGCUGGCUAACCCUGCUCAGCCUCCCAGGGAUUUUGUGUUUUAGUGAUCUGAAGUUUGUUAAAGAACCUGAAGAUGUAAUUGUUUCACGGAAAGAUUCAGUGGUUUUAGACUGCCAGGCUAAUGGAGAAGCUCCAAUAACAGUCACAUGGAUGAAGAAUGGAGUAAAGAUUUCUGAGAAGGAACGGAUAUCCACAUUUCACAAUGGAUCCUUGUAUAUCCGUGAGGUGGAGGGCAGGAAAGGAGAGCAAUCUGAUGAAGGAUUUUAUCAGUGUUUGGCUUUGAACAAAUUUGGUGCCAUUCUGAGUCAAAGAGCUCAUCUUUCAUUAGCAACCAUGUCAGGCUUUGAAGAGCAACCUGUGUCAGUUGACGUCCAAGAUGGAAGUGUGGCUCGGUUCUCCUGUAAGAUAACGGCUAACCCUGCAGCAGUAAUUACAUGGGAAGUAAAUCGCACGGCUCUUCCCCUUGCUAUGGACAGGAUUGCUGUGCUACCAAAAGGAGUUCUCCAGAUCUAUGGAGUCACAAAGAGGGAUGCUGGAAAUUACAGAUGUGUAGCCACCAGUGUGUCGAACAGGCGGAAGAGUGCAGAGGCAACACUAACUGUUGUGCCAGCCACGGAAAAGGAAUCUUUCCAGAAACCUGUCAUCAUUGCACCUCCUCAAAAUACAACUACCUCAAUGCAUCAGUCAGUCACUCUGGAAUGUGUGGCUACAGGAAACCCAAAGCCUAUUGUAUCAUGGAGCAGGAUGGACCAUAAACCAAUUGAUGUGUUCAACACACGAGUAGUUGGAAAUGGAAACCUCAUAAUAUCAGAUGUGAACCUGCAGCACUCUGGAGUUUAUAUUUGUCGUGCCACCACGCCGGGUACACGCAACUUUACUGUGGCAAUGGCCACUGUCACAGUUCUUGCACCACCAUCAUUUACUGAAUGGCCAGCGAGUCUGACAAGGCCACGUGCUGGUACUGCCAGAUUUGUAUGUCAAGCCAAAGGGAAUCCACUUCCAAAAAUUUCAUGGCUGAAGAAUGGCAAAAAAAUUCAUUCCAAUGGCAGAAUUAAAAUGUACAACAGUAAAUUGGUAAUUAACCAGAUAAUCCCCGAAGACGAUGCAGUGUACCAGUGCAUGGCAGAGAAUAGUCAAAGCUCUGUUCUUUCUCAUGCACGAUUGAUAGUCGUUAUGUCUGAGGACAGACCCAGCGCUCCACGUCACCUUCAUGCUGAGACAAUGUCCAGUUCAGCCAUCAUUCUUUCUUGGGAACGGCCUCUGUAUAACUCAGAGAAAAUCAUUGCUUAUUCUGUGCAUUACAUGAAAGCAGAAGGUUUAAAUAAUGAAGAAUAUCAGGUGGUGAUUGGAAAUGACACAACUCAUUACAUCAUUGAUGACUUGGAUCCUGACAGCAAUUAUACCUUUUAUAUUGUAGCAUAUAUGCCAGUGGGGGCAAGCCAGAUGUCUGAUCAUGUGACACAGAGCACUCUUGAAGAUGUUCCAUUAAGAGCUCCAGAAAUCAGUUUAACAAGCCGCAGUCCAACUGAUGUCCUUAUUUCUUGGCUUCCUGUUUCGGCCAAAUUCCGUCGGGGAAAGAUUGUCCUUUACAAACUAUCUUUUCGAAUGAACACUGAAAACACUGUCCAGAAUGUCGAGCUCCCAGGAAGUGCACACGAGUAUUUCUUGGAAGGUUUGAAGUCAGACAGCGUGUAUCUAGUUCGUAUAGCUGCAGCAACUAAAGUAGGUUGGGGAGAAUCCUCUGCAUGGACAUCUCACAGGACACCUAAGUCUACAAGUAUAAGAGCGCCAAGGUCUCCAGAGCUCCGUUUGGACCCCUUGAAUUGCACAACCAUAGCUGUGAGAUGGCAGCAAGACCCUGAAGAUACUGCUACUAUACAAGGCUACAAACUGUAUUAUAAAGAGGAAGGACAGCAAGAAAGUGGGCCAAUACUUCUGGAUGUGAAAGAUUUUGAUUAUAACAUAGGAGGGUUAGAUCCAAGAAAAAAAUAUCAUGUGAGACUACUGGCGUACAACAACAUGGAUGAAGGCUACCAAGCAGACCAAACAGUCAGCACACCAGUCUGUGUGUCUGUUCCUGAUCACGUGAACCCACCACCACCACCGCCACAUCAUCUCUAUGCUAAAGUAAACAGCUCUUCUUCCAUUUACCUACACUGGGGGCGACCAGCCUUCUCCUCUGCCAAGGCCAUUAACUACACUGUCCGCUGCAAUCCUGUUGGCCUACAGAAUGCUUCCUUGGUGCUUUACCUGCAAACGACAGAAUCUCACAUUUUACUUCAGGAUCUUGAAGCUAAUACCAAAUAUGAAUUUGCUGUGAGGCUUCAUGUGGACCAUUUGUCAAGCCCCUGGAGCCCUGUUGUUUACCAGUCCACCCUCCCUGAUGCCCCGCCAAGGCCGCCAGUGGGAGUAAAGGUGACGUUGAUAGAAGAAAACACUGCUUUGGUCUCCUGGAAGGCCCCUGAAGAACUGGAUUCAGUUGUGACCCAUUAUACCAUCAUGUACACAUCUAGAAAGUCCUGGAUAGCUGGCGAGUGGCAAAUUAUGCAUAGAGAAGGAACAAUGACCAUGGCAUUGUUAGAGAAUCUGCUGCCUGGAAACGUUUACCUUGUCAAGAUCUCGGCUGCUAAUGAAGCUGGAGAGGGACCCUUCUCUAAUGUUGUUGAGUUGGUAGCGGAGUCGAAGGAGAACCUGCGAGUAGUCGCAAAGUCAAAGCAGUUAGAUUCAGGGCAUCGCGAAGAUUAUUCUCGUUUUUACCAUUUGGAUCAGAAAUCCAUGACUGGCAUUGUUGUCGGGGUGUGUAUUGCAUUGACUUGUAUCCUGAUUUGUGUCCUUAUCUUGAUUUACCGAAGCAAAGCUAGGAAAGCAUCUAUUGCUAAGAUUGCUCAGCAAGAAUCCAACCUUCUACCUCAUGCAGCUGCAUCCGCUUCUAUUGAUAGGCAAGACCAAGCAGAGGGAAAUGCCAACCCCUUGAUCCCUUCUGUGGAAUCUAACCACUUCAUAGAUGCAAAGGGUGGCUCGAAUCUCAUCAUAAAUGGCUGUGGGCCAGUCCAAAACAAAACCAAGAAGUCAUGGCCAUUUUUCAAGCACAAUAAAAAUGGCAAUGUUGAACAGCCCAGCAAAAGAAUUGUCAAAACAGUGUGCUUAUAUCAGCCUGGCACUAGAGUUGUGAUAGGAGAAGAUGUAUCCCCUCCAUCUCCAGGCAAUCCUGGCACAUAUAAAAUGCGGAAUAGCAUUGCAGAUACUGAGCAUUCUGGAAACAGUGACGAAAGUCAUGAAACUAGUGAUUCUGGACGGUUUUCUCAUGAAUCCGCCGAUGAAAUCCACCUGUACUCAGUUGUAUGUCCAACCACUCCUACAUCAGAUUCUUUCACCAGCCAUGAAUGUAGACAGAACUCUGCUUUAAGCGAAUAAGGAAGACAAGUCAGUGUACGGGGCUGUUGAGGCUUCAUCUGUCUCAACUACUCUGACAUUUCUCCGCAACCAUUUCAAAAACCAAAACUUCUUCAAGCCAUUUCAGAGGCAGUAGAGUCUGUUCGAAGGACAAUGAACGGAGCUGUAAAAUUUCUUCAGAAACAUUUCACAGAUAUAUCUUACCUCUUCUGUAUUGUCCAUUCACUUUGAAAUUUGGCUUGCUAGAUAGUGUUGGACUUACAACUAAAUUGGUUUUACGUGAAUUUGUCAUUGCUGCAAAGGGAUAUCAGGCAGUCUCUUUGAUUAAUGUCUACCUCAGCUGGUCAGAUGAUGAACUUCAUUUUGCUGCUUUUCCCACAUUUAUGUUUGUUUGUGUCCCCUACACCAACAGGGCCAGAAUUAGGAAAGAUUGGAUAUGGGGCUAUGCACCUGGAUUUUGCUCCCCAGUUUGAGAAAAAUAACUCAGGAAAGUUUUAUCUUCAUUCCUCCAGCAGUUGUUGAGCUUUAAUAUGUUAGUGGAGACUGAGAGUUGUAGGUCGACAACAUCUGGAGGGACACUGGUUUGACGUCUCAUAAUAAUUAACAACUUUGUCAAGGGCAUUUUAAGGCCUGGGGCCACUUAUGAGGCUGGGGACCCAUGGCAAAUGCUUGUGCUGCCCUUCCUAAAAAACUGGCCCUGCACACCUCAAUACCUCCUAAUUGUAAUCCUGUACCUCCUAAUUGUAAUUGUGAUUUUGCUAUGUGUAUGAUGAAUGUUUUACUAAAGGGGUUGUAAAGGCACAAAUCUUAUAUAGCUUAUCUAAAGCUUUGCUUCUUUAAAUCCAUACCAAUGUCUGUCAACAACGUAACAGAGAUACAUGGUUAUGCAUUAUGCCCAAAACCUGUUUUAUUUUGUCAUAUGUAUUGAUUUCAGAGAUUUGAGUAUUGUAAUUUAAAAGCACUUCAAAUAUAUUUGGAUUUUGUAAGUCUUUAAAAAAGGACCAAUCCACCUCCCAUUCCCCCCUUGUGCCCUGAUAUUACAGAAAGAACAUAGGUUAGAAACCUUUAAUUAUUUGCUCUUCUUUAAGAAAAAUUGCAUCUUAAGUGUUCUGUUCAGAAUUCCUACCUACAGCAUUCUUGUCUCAAAAGCAUCUCCUGGAUAAAUACAAAACAAAACAACAAAAGCAACAUUAACUACCUAGCAACUACUGUGCCUUUCCCACUCUCAGCAACAUACAACUGCCUUAUUUCAUGACAUUCAGGAAGCUACUCAGGUGAAUGAGAAGAUGCCUUAAAUCCUACAUCAUUAAUGUGGCAAAUUUGUAGAAUUGCAAAUGACUUUUUAUGUUUUGGAUGUCCCCCAAAAAUAUAUAUGUUUAGUACACAUUUUUUUUUAAAAGGGAUUCCUCUUGUAAAACUUUAUUUAAAACAACCAGCUACCAAUAUUAUUUUGACAGAAAGGACCUUUAUUUAUUUGUGGUGAACCUGAGGCAGAAACAGAAACUUCAUGGGGCCCUGUUAUUUGCAAAGAAUUCUACUGUGGUCUUCAGGUGUUGAUCUACAGCUCCCAGCAUCCCCUGACAGUCUUCAGCUGCUUGUGUGUGCUGAGAAUAGUAUUUUGUCAACAAUGGAGGACAACUCCCUCAGUUCCAACCCCCUUAAGACAAAUUAAUCCCAGAAUGAAUAAAAAAAAUCAUUAUGAUAUGUUGCCAUACUCUACAGUGCCCAGAAGCAACUCAGGGAUGAAGGGGAAACAGUUCCCCAUUAAUCCUCCCGAUGUUAAUCAGCCCAUUGCAUAUAAGUGGAAAGUAGCGUCAGAUUAGAAGCAAGGCUUUAGAUGACUCUUUAUCUAAUGUCUGCAUUUCACGCUUGUGCCUUUACAAUUCCUGAUUUAUACUACCUCUUUUUUUAAAACAAAUGUGUAUGUUUAUUGCUUUCCUGAACUCAGGGAACAGUGUUUAUUUUGUAUUUAACCCAUGAAAACAUGGGAAAAUUUUGACAGGGUAUCAUGUCCUUUUCUCUUUUUUAAAUGUGAUAAUGUGAUAAAGCUACAGUAUAGUAGUUACUAUAGUUGCCCAGGUACAUACUGUACAUGAAUUAUGUGUAAUGGAAUAUUAUGUCAUACCAAAGAUUGUUCUCUACUUGUAAGGACUAUAUUAUUUUAAGUAAUGUCCUUAGUUCAUAGUUGGCAACUAACAUCAUAACUGUUUAGUGUGAAUGUUUGUCUGCACUUCUAACUACCUUUUGACUAGUCCAGAAUCUUCCAAGAGAUGAUCUUAGUCUUUAGUUUGUAGCGCUUUAACUUGACAGUAUUAGAUUGCCUAUUUUUGGAAAAAAAUGUUCUGUAUGCUAAGAAAAAAAAAAAAAAAUCAAACGUUUUUAGCCAAAGAUUUAUUUUUGGGUCUUGUCAUAUAAAUGUUUAGUUUGCAGAAAAUGUUUAGUAUAGUAAGUAUUCAAAAUGAUUGUGUUUGCAUCAAAACUAACUUUUCCUGUCCAUCUUAUCCUAAACCUCUAUGCCAUGGUAACCAAAGUGUACAGUUUUAAAUUGCUAACCAUUAAUGUGAUUAUGUUAAAUGUGAUUGAUACGGAAAUGCUGAUGUAAAGUACCCAGUACCUAUAGCUAUAGCUUCGAUUGUGCUUUUGUUCAUUUUGUUACAUCCCUAAUUAUAAAAGAAUGCCAUGACAUUAGAAUUUCUACGGACUCCCUUUUAAAAACUAUUUGUUAAUCUUCUUGCAUUUGAAGGUAAAAUAUACCCCUAUGUCUGUGUAAAAAAUGACAUUUAUAUUUAUUUGUGGAAGUUCAGAUUGUGUUCUGAAGCUGUUGCUCUGUAGAGUUUGUAGGGAAGCAGUGUAGGUUAAUCAGGGUAUAAAUGGAAUAAAAGUCACAAAGUUUACAAUAUGUAUUGUAAGCUAUAGCAACCAAUCAGAUGGUUGCUUAAUAACAGGGGACUAAUAAAUGUUAUCAAAUGCUAUUUGGCUUGGGUUAUUAGAUGCAGUGCAAACUUUGGGAUCUUUUAUUUCAUUACCCCUAAAGAGACCUAUUAUUAUGAGCUGAUUAUUGUUUAUUAAAUUCAAAAAGAUUAGUACAAGCAUGGGAGGGAGCAUGGGAGAUAUUUGUUCCUGUCAACCAACCCUUGACAAUACAAGCAUAUAACGUAAACAGGAUUGUGUUUUACAAAAUAGUAUCGGUUUCAUGCUGAGGACAGCAUCUGUAUUCAGUUAUUUGAAUAUCAUUGUAUUGGCUAACAUUAAUACCAAAGAUAUUUAAGGUUACCAUGGCAUAUAACCAGUCGACAAGGCUCUAUACCAACUGUGCUCUGUUUGUAGGUUUUGAGGAUAAAUGUGAUCAUUUCCAGAGUAUAUGUUUUAGUUGGCUAGUUCUUAAAAAUAGUAUAUCUGAAUUACUUGUUAGCAGAGCUAUUGAAAUAGCCUCUUUACCGUCAAAACUAAAACCUGAAUUCUGGAAAGUGUUAUCUGGUUCUAUUUAAAUGCAUAAGCACACAAUGAUACCUUUUGUUGCCUUUGGGGUUUGUAUCUUGCAGACCUCUCUCACAGCAAAGGGCAAGGAGAAGCAAGAAUCCAAGGGUAUAUAUAUAUAUAUAUAUAUAUAUAUAUAUAUAUAUAUAUAUAUAUAUAUAUAUAUAUAUAUAUAUAGAGCUAGAUAUAUUAAAAAGCAAAAUUCUUGCAGUCGUGAUGUGUAUCAGCCCUGAAAAAUGGAUUCUCCCUUCUGCUUAUUUUAUAUGUUUGUAUAUAUUCAAAUGUGUAAAGCUUGUUUGAUGUAUGUAUAGAUGUGAUGUACACUAUUAACUCUAAUGCUCCUUCAGCAAAACAAAAGUGUUCUUGUUUCUAAAAUGAUAUUUUUCUCAGUUAAAUGAUCAUUACCAUAUCCAAGGAUGCCUGGCACAUUUUAGAAACUCAAAGAAGACAUUUUUAAUGUUAGGUAGGGGCUGGUGGAUUGUGUUGCAGAGCUUAGUGAACCUGGCAGAAAUGUAUUCAAGUUCAUAAGCAUGAUCAGUCCUGUUUAUUCCACCAAUGGGAUGUGUAUCUCUGCUUUCAUUUUUCACAAAUAAGCAGCCAUAUGAUUGCAGGUGGUAGUGCAAGUAGUGAAUUCAAUGCUAAAUAAUGCAUACAAUGACGUCUGUUCUAGCCAUAUGCAGGUCAGCAUGUUGAAGAAAAGGAGAGUCAUUAAUGUGUUCGACAACAGAAAGAACUGCCAAAAUCUGUCCUUCUAUCGGUUGUAUGAUUAUGCACUUGUCUGCCAGUAGCCAUUUACAUUAUGCUAUUAUAAUUACAAGGUGAACUCUUUAUGAAUGGUGAAUAGGGAUGACCUGCACUGUUGAGAGACUGAAUAGGUCAAAUUCAGAGAAAAGUCUGAAGGCUAAAAUGAACAACUAUCUUGCUCUCUCCCUAUAUUUAUUUAAGUACUGACCAUUUUAUAAAGAAAUCUCUUGUCAAUCCUACAGCUAUCUGUAAUAAAUCCCAUUCUUCUAAUAAUUAUUCUGGAGACAUGUUCCUAUAUCCACAUAGAUGAUAGAUUUCUCAAUAUGUUCCUUUGAUGUCUUCUAUCAACCAGUUGGACCAAUUCCUUAUGAAACUUUUAUAGAAUGUUGCUUUUGAUCAAUUCAAAGCCUCAUCAGAGCUUCCUGCAAUGUGUUACUCGGGCAGAAAGUACAGCUAACCUCUAUGGUGCGAGAGCUGUAUCCAGCGGGAUUUAACAUCACAUCUAUCUCUAGCAGUUGAAAAGUAUGCCUUGCCUGGAUCUAAAAAAGAGAGAUCUGAUCUAAACAAAGCAGGUUAUAGCACUCUUUUUUUCACUGCUUUUUUCAACAUUCUUUUUAUUUACUUGUUUUUUUUUUUAAUCUAAUUUGUAACUACCUAUUGGGAAUAGAUGUUGGCCUUAAGUGUACAAUUAAUUGGUCUCUGGCUUUAUUAGCAGAUGGUAUCAUCUCUACGAGAAAAAAACAAUUAUGUGCUGCAACUACACUGCAAUCUGUUUAAUGUGUAGCGGAAUAAUGUUUGUUCAGUGAAUAGGUGACCGCUAUAUUCCAGCUGCAGUGAAGCUUGCUAGAUUUGGUUCUUUGGAUUCUAUGUUCAGUGUUUAUCAAAGGAUCAAAUGUGAAUCUGUUUCAGUAGUUGGUUGUUUCCUAAGUGCAGCAAUGCAGUAGGAUGGGGUGCAUUCUGAGUCCGAUGGUGCCCCUGUUGAUCUUAAUCACUUGACCUGGAGUUCUCCAACACUCCAUGUAAUGCCUGCCUAAAGUAUUCUCUUUGUAACCUCAGCUAUGGCUCAAGGAAUAUUUCCUUAUUUUUUGCAUCUGAACUGCAACAAUUUUGACUGUGAAUAUAUUGUGGCAUUGUAUACUGUAUGUACCACCAGCUCGUAGUGUUUCCAAAGGCAUGCAUUGUAUAUACAUUAACGUCAGUUUAACAUGUCAUGCUUAUGUUUUAUCCACUCCAUGAUAUGGGGAUUUGUAAUGACUUUUCCUAGCAAAGAGAUUUUAUUGCAAUUUAUCUGGCACUGAUACUAGGAAAACAGCUAUUUGCCACAUGAAUGAUUAUGUUGUAAGAUAUACUACCUCAUUCCAUGGGCUAACAUCAAGCAGGUUAAGGGAAUCUUUUUCUCCUUUGCAUUCCACAUAUCCUGCUGGAAAUAAUGAUGCGUACACUAGCAUUUUAGCCAGCAGCAAGCUGGAUUCUGUUUAAGGUAAUGCUGUAAAAAUAGGACACAUUUUCCAAAUGGCACAAUAACCACAUAUGUGAAUGUAAAAGCUGGAAAGAAGACACUCUUAAUAUUGCAGGUACCAUUUGUUAAUCUUCACAGGUGCAGUUUCCCACAGUAACUAUGUGUUUUUGACCAGGCUACUGCAAGUCAAACAAUGACAGCAAAUAUCGGAUUUGAGUUGCAACAUGCAAUAACACUGGGGUCCUUUAGCCCCCUGUUAUUCCAUUUGACUUCUGGUGUUUACCUAAAAUCUAAGGCAUGUCUGUAUGCAGUACUCUAUAUAGAAAAUGUUUGUGGUCCAAACAUUUCCUGUGUUUAAUACACAUCAAAUGUAUAUUAUGCAGCUGCAUAUAGAAAUAAAUGCAAUGUGUACAAAGUCUUAAAGGUCCAGUAAUAUUACAAUUGUAAAGAAAUCAUUCUAAUAUAAAGUACUUCUUAAGGCUCAUUAAAAAGCACAAGUGCAAAGUGCUAAAAUGGACACAAAAUUGCAUGCAUUGAUGCUUUUCAGAAGGUACUUGUGUCCAUACAUGCUCAUAUGGGCAGAUGUAAGGGAACCCUGCCUGUAAUCCCAGUGUUCCAUUGCACCGAAACACAAAUGCAGAGGGAAAUAACUUGCUGCAAUAUGUGUGCAAUAUACCAGAAUAGAUGCAAAUUUGUGUCCAUUUGGUUGAGUUGUGCCCUAGUUGUUUGUGAACAAAACCAAGUGUGUGCCCAAAAUUGUGCUAUAAUUCUUGUGGGAAUGCUGGAUUGUGAUUAAAUCAUAGCUGUGUGCGUCUGAAUCUUGCACAUUGCACUGUGUUCAGAAAUGAGCCUUGUUGUCUCCUGUAAGAAAUAAUGAUUGUUGCAAAAACAAAAGUCACUUUACAUGUCUAUGCAUUCAGAAGAUUAGUCUCACUUACAGGACAUUUGUAUGUUUUUUUUUUAAAGCUGUAGACAUUUUGACAUUUCUCAGGUACUGUUGCCAAGGUGUGACAUAAUAAAUAACAUAUUUUGUACAUGCUCAAAAACGUAGAGCCUCCUUCCAUAGUAGUGGAAACAACAUGUGUCUGAUGUUACUGGCCAUAGCAGAAUUAGACGUGAAACCAUCACAUCCGUUCAGCUGCUGGAGCUCCUUUCUAUAUGAGAUGGCCUUGUGGCACUUGUAUACUUGAUACAUCCUCUGCUGCUCAAAAUAAGCAUUCUCAACUGCAUGGAAACUUGAGCUGACUAUACAUGGUAAGAUCUAUCCAUUUGUCACCAAAUGAUUACGUUUGCCCGAUUGAGACCCAAUAAUAGGUGGGCCAAAUAAUACCGACAACUUUUCAGCCUUAGACCACAUCCGUGACACAAUACCGUCCUUGGCCAACUUUAUUUUACAGCCUAACAAUCAAUAUUUUAAUGAGCCCAGGGUAGAUAGUGAUCAGAUUGGGCAUCAUUUUGCACCCAUACAAGGCCAGUAAACUUACAGCUUGGAGAACCAUGGCCAAGUUGGCACAUGUAUGGGUAUCUUCAUAUUUGUACUGUACCUGUGAUUGUUUCAGUUUGCUCUUUUAUAUUUUUUUCAGUAUACCGAAUAACAACUUCUACUCUAUAUACACUCAAAAAAUUUUUCUGUUGAUGUAAAGGUAGGAGUGGUGUUAUUGCCAAUGGAAGACAUAGCUGAUUUAGUUUGCUACUGUACUCAGGGAAUCUGCUGUGUCAUUCCACUGUAUAGCACCACUUCUCACCUUGAAUUUUGAAUGUAACAGAGAUGUCUUGAUUUCUGUAUUUUUUAUUUUUGUUUCUUAUUGUGCUCAUUUUUUAAAAUUAUUUUGGAAAUGUGUAUUAGAGCCAUUUAUUUGUUUGUCUUCUUCACGUUUUAUAGGGGCUGUGACAUACCCCCAAGGCUUUGCCAAAAUAUAUAAAUGUUGAACUGCCAAAUGUUUAUGUUUCUACUGUGAUAACCGUUCAAAUAAAGGUUUUUUCUUAAGUAA